ACAAAUAGGCUACCUCAUUUACUUUUGCCUCGCUCGAUUACUGGCUCUGAUGCUGUUGUCUCAGCAGAUGGCUGCAAAGAAAACUGCACUUGCAACAACAGACAGGUGUAACUUAUCUUGCUGCACACAUUGAAAUACCUACGCUUCCUCAAGAUGUAGAGUCUGUUCUGUCCCUUCCUGUAGACAGCAUUAGCGUUGCUCUUUCUGUACUGGUAUUUGUAAUUGUCCACCACCUGCACUUCCUUCCCACUGAUUGAAAUGUUGGUCAAAUUAGUAGUUUUCCUCCUAAAGUCCGUAACCUCUUAAACCACCUAAGGUUCCUGUACCACUCCAUAAACUGGCCCACCAGUUCCCUGUGCUCAGUCUCCCCACUCCACCACUGCUCAGGCUAAGGGAAAAUAGGUGCGAUAGAAAAGACAGAAUACGCAGAGUUGGCCUGUGCAGACCUUCAGGAACCUGGAGCUGAUGCCAUUCGGACCUGCAGUUUUGUUAUGGCCUCAGCUACAGAUCCACGCUAUGGACAGAAGGAGUCUGCUGACCAAAACUUUGACUACAUGUUCAAAAUCCUCAUCAUUGGCAACAGCAGCGUUGGCAAAACCAGCUUCCUGUUCCGCUACGCAGACGACUCUUUCACCCCUGCCUUUGUGAGCACCGUAGGAAUCGACUUCAAGGUGAAAACAAUCUACAGGAAUGACAAGAGAAUAAAACUUCAAAUUUGGGACACGGCUGGCCAGGAACGGUACAGGACCAUCACCACCGCGUACUACAGGGGAGCCAUGGGCUUCAUCCUCAUGUAUGACAUCACCAACGAGGAGUCUUUCAAUGCCGUGCAGGACUGGUCUACCCAGAUCAAGACCUACUCUUGGGACAACGCCCAGGUCCUGCUGGUGGGGAACAAGUGUGAUAUGGACGACGAGAGGGUUGUGGCUGGAGAGAGAGGCAGGCAGCUGGCAGAACAGCUAGGCUUUGAGUUCUUUGAGACCAGUGCCAAGGACAACAUCAAUGUCAAGCAAACUUUUGAGCGCCUAGUUGAUGUCAUCUGCGACAAGAUGUCGGAGAGCCUGGAUGGCAACGACCCCGCAGUCGCAGGGGCCAAGCAAGGCCCGAGUCUCACCGAACAGCCUCAGCGCAGCCAUUCGGACUGCGCCUGCUGAAGAUGCCCCCACCACCACCACCAUCUCCAACUAGUCCCCCCUCUCCCCCUCCCCGAUCUGAUACCUGAAGACCAGGCCCAUACUGGAAAUGUGGGUUGGAGGGCCUGGGUAAAGUUCAGCCCCAGUAUCCCCCUAGGUGUUAUACAUACAUGGAUUCUUGUCUGUCUUUUUUAUUUAUUUUAUUUAUUAUUUAUUUAUUUUUGGAAACUGGAAUUUGAAAGCUUAGUAGUGUGCCGUGGAGUAGAACGUGCAGGUCUGUGUAUGCAGCCAACCAGAUACCAGAACUACACACUCCUCCCCCAUGAGAGAGCAAACGCUCCUGCCGAUCCACAGGUGUUCAUCAGUUUCUCUGUUUUCUCUCAGUCUUGGCCUUUGGGCCAUGGAGUUACACAUUACUAGAGCAAUUUUUUAAACUGUUGUGCGCCCUCUUCUCCCUGAUUUUCUUUUUUUUAAACCUACUUCUUUAGUUAGGCAAAAAUAUUGAAAGUUUAUCUGUAUAGUAGAAGAGUUUAUAUAAAUGUGCAAAAUUAAGUAGAUAUGAAUUUAAAAGAUGAAGAAACAUAUUACUGAUACAGUAUGGAAAGGCUACUGAAAAAUAAGCAUACACUGAGAAGAGAUGGGUUUAAUGUGUUACACGUGUGUGUGUGUGUGUGUGUGUGUGUGUGUGAGUGUGUGAGAGAGACAGAGAGAGAAGAAAUGCUGCACGACUUUAGAGUUUAUUUGUUUACUCUUGCUUUUUUUUUUUUAAGUGAAUAAUUCCCCUAAGCUUUUACUGACCCAUGUCUCUGUCGGCCCCUAUAGUGGAGCUUUCUGUGCUGUUAGGAUGUAUCAUGUGACAAUGUGAGUGGAAAGAGAGGAUCGUGGAUGAGUCCAUGUUCUCCAGGUGGGCACAAAUACCCAGAGGGCGCGCAGACUGUACGUUUUGCUGCAGAGCUGCCGAAGGUCAUCGCCUGUAUCUGUAGUUUCCUUACCCGUGUCUGUGUGUAUAGCAGUCGUGUCAUGGUUUUAUUGGAUCAUGUUCAGCGCUGGAAACUUGACUAAUUGUUCGCUGAGCUUCAUCAGGUGAAAUGGAAGCUUCAGAGCAUAGGGACAUUAAACAGAUGAGAAUAUCACUUGUGGCAUACAAAAGCUAUCCGUAUAUUUUUAUGUACAGUAUUUCUACACUCUGUAUUUAUUUAAGUAUUUAUUUAUUUAUUGAUUGACAUUCAUAUUUAUUUGUAUGCAUUUGUUUUCAUUGUGUACAGUUGCGCUCAUGCUGUUUUUAAAAAACGACAGUAGGCAUGUUCUUACAGUUGUGAAAGGACUUCAAGGAUUUACAUCUGAUCCUAUGUGGCUGCAACUUGCUAGAAUUCUGUGGAUUCUUCAAACUGAACCGAACAAAAAAUAAGACCAAGUUAAACAUUUUAAAGGCAAACUCUGAAACAAAACAAAGCAAGUAUGAGCCACUGUCAUUCCAUUUUCCCCUCCAUUCCAAAGACAAGCUGGUUUCACCUGGUGACAAAAAAUGUUAUGACCAAAAAAGAGUUGGGUCCCAGGGAUCAAAUGCUACCAAAAUGUCUCAUGGGGUUCCUCUUCAUAAUCCUGUCUUUGGUCACCGUAAGUGUAUGCUGGAGUGUGAGAUGCUUGCUCAAACUGCCAAGAGUGUCCGUUGCUCAUCACAUUAAGUCUGUGUUAGUGUAUUGGUGGUGUAUUUUGGCAGCUGUAGACAUGCCUUGACCUAGUUCCCUGAAGUUUGACUAUGCCGUCUUCCUUUCUGUAAAUAACGCGUUUUCUGGGGGUGAAGUUGCUGUAUGUGUGAAAUGUGCUGUAAUGUAUCUUCAGGUUUCUGGAAAGAAGAAAUAAAAGAAGAA